CGUCAAGUUUCUGGUCUGAUUCAUUAUGUUCGCGGCGUGAUGGUGAUGCUCAUCCCAUUUCCAUUUAUCUCAAAGCCAUCCUAAACGCCACAUGAUGCGCACAAACUUGGCGAAGCAAAAUAGUAAUUGUGAUAAAAUGGGGGAUACGGAUACUUGUAUGCCUGUUGCGAUUAGGGUAAGAGUACUACAUGCCUGUAGGAGGAUAGAAUGGUAAAAAGUCAAUUUGGAAUUGUAAAAAGAUCGACACCAGAACAAUUUUGGAAAAGAUAUGUCUGUGGAUGCAUGAUCAGACAUGGAUUAUCAUUAGUCAGAUAAUUUCAAAAUAUUUCAAGCCAUAGAGAUGACAGAUCCGGAAUCAAAACUAGUUCUGUCCUCUUCUGGAGAUGGCCAGAAUAGUACUGUGGUCUCACCCUGGGAGUUACCAUGGCAAGAUGUCUGGUUUGAACUUAUCCUCAGUAGACUCAGUUUGAAGGAGCUGUUUCUGCUCAAAGCUGUCAGCCAAGAGUCCAAAGAGCUUGUAAAGGAGUAUUUCAAGUACAGAUUUGUGGUCGAUCUAAGUUCAGUUGGUGCAAAGUUUAACAAAGGAGCUUUUCUGGCUCUUACUGAAGACAUGCAGAACCUGAGGGAACUGGUGCUGAAAAACACCAAGGACUGGCUUACAGAUGAUGUGCUGAUGCCUGUGUUAGGGAGCAAUGUCCAUUUGAGGAGAGUGGACCUUACAGGCUGUAAUAAUAUCAGUAAUCUGGUUCUCCAGGUACUUGCCAGCCAUUGCCCAGAGCUACGGGAGCUGUGCCUGUGCAGUUGUCACUGGGUGAGCCAGGAAGGGCUCACGUCUGUUGCCAUGCAGUGUCGCAAACUGGAAAAGCUCAAUCUGACCGGAUGCUGGGAUAUUGGAGAUGACACAGUUAUUGCCCUUGUCCUGUUCUGUCAAAAUUUGAUGUCACUCCAUUUGGGGAACAUCUAUGGCCUGACAGAUGAAGCAGUGUGUACAAUAGCUCGGACCUGUCGUCACCUACAACAGCUCAGUCUGAAGGGAUGCUGGCGAGUGACCGACCAGGCUGUCAGGAUUCUUGCGGAGUACUGUCCCACCUUACAGGGUCUCCAGGUACGAGAGUGUCGUAACAUAACAGAGAUCAGCCUCAGCGCCAUGAGGAAGCGAAAAGUCCGCCUUGAUGUGCCUCCUAAAUUUGACAACAAGAGAAAAGCUUUGGUCAAACUACAUCUGCAGAUAUAGUGUUCUAUGUCUACAGAUACAGUGUUCUACUCCGACAGCUACAGUGUACUUCGUUCUACACAUACUGUGUUCUACAUCUACAGAUACAGUGUUCUACAUUCUACAGAUAGAGUGUUCUACAUAUACAGAUGCAGUGUUCUACAUAUACAGAUACAUUGUUCUACAUAUGGAGAUAAAGUGCUCUACCUCUACAGGUAGUGUAUACCCUUCCGCUCCUGGCGGUAUAAUGUUGAAAUGUAACUCUUGUAAGUUUUAAGAAAUUUAUCAACAACUUAUCUUUAAAUGUUCCUUCAGUUUGCCAAUUUGGGAAAAUCUCAAAGCUAGCGCCACAUGAUAUCAUAUGACCGUCACAUAUGAGUAGUUACAUGUACUUGCUUACAGUAGGUCAUUUGUAGGUGUACUGUGUAUAUUGAUAUGAAAUGUCUUUCCCUUUAGACAGAGGUGGUAUUGUUCACUGUGUAGUAUAACAAGUGUUAUUCCAUGCUUGUCAUGGCUGGGCCCAUUGACUUCUAACGCGUAUCUUAUUUGAUUCAUAUUUUACAGUAUUGAUGAUAUACAUGUGAAAAUUUCUCACAGAUGUCUUGGAUAACGUGAAUAAUAUGUCAUAAGUUAAUCCUCUUGUCAUUUUGUGUCUGAUGUGUUUAUGGUUCCCAUCUCACAUAUAGUUCAGAACUGCAUUACCGCUGACUAAAGAGAGUCAAUGACGUAAGAAAUGUUGAUUGCCUAUCCCUGAAAAGUUCUUUCCCUGUGAAAGUUAUAAAAGCCUAACCCAUGUCAAAAUAAUUAAGAGACAGUAAAAAUUUUGCUAACCUGGAAUGAAUGGAGACCAUAAGGUCGCUAGUUUAAUUGUAACGGAAUAAAUAUCAUUUACCUUAAGAAAUUCAAUAAAUGCAAGUGGAGGCAACAGGUGCAAAGGGACACAACUCUGCAAGACUAGUACAGAGGCUGAUAAAAAGUAAUAUGCACAUACUGUAAAAUUUUUAGUUCAAUUUAUUUAUUUACUUAGUGUUUUGCAUUGUACUCAAGAAUAUUUCACUCAUGCGAUGGUAGCCAGCGUCAUGGUGGGAGGAUAUCCGGCAGAACCCCGGGAGAAACUCACGAUCAUCCACAGGUAUUAAUUACAUUUAGUGUAUUUGCAUCUUAACAAAAACUGAACAAAAUUGUAAAUAUAGUUUUAACUAUCAUGGGUUCAUUUAUGCGAUGAAAACUUCAAAAUCCUAACUGAUAUGUGACAAGGAACAGAAAUGCAUUGAUGCUAAACAGCAUAUUAAAGGUAUAACAUGUAUAAGAAUAUAGAAGUGAAUAUUGUAAAUCUUCAACCUUGUCGAGGACUAAAACUUUUUUCUGUGGAAUUUAUGCAUAGAGUGAUUAUGAAAAUGACACUAAAAAUGGUUUGAGUGAUUAAAGAUGCGCACUUUAUAAAACUGCAAAUUAUUCCUGUACACAACUAAAAAAAGCACAAAUAAUUACUUUACAUGUAUGUCUUUCGAUUUUCUCAACCCCCUUCACUCAGUCAACUUCAUACUUUCCAGGAGUAUAGCUGGGGACCCAAAAUGGUGAAGUGUUGAGUAUUUUCACAAAAUGUGUACUGCGGUAGGCUUACCCAAUACUCCCUCUCUUGGAAAAAUAGGGAGUACCGCAGUACCUCUGAAAAUUAACUGUAGCACUGCUUGACCCCUUGGGUGAGUACCCAAUAGUUGAUUUUCCUAAUUGCGCGAUUGCCAACAAACUUAUUAUACAAAGUUUUCAUGGUCUGUUGAAGAAUUUAUCUGUUUCAUUGUGGAAUGAGCUGUUAAUUGUGUUUGCUAUAUGUGAUGAACAUUUGGAUAUAAUCCUGAAAAGAUUGAGAAAAAAAGGUGGACAAAUUGUACUUGUAUUUUAUAUGCCCUUGCCAUGUUUGUACUGUUGAGAUAAAACCAUACAAUGCAAGUACCAAAACAUAUAUUAUAUUAGGAUAUGCUGCCUUGACAUUUUGCCUUGAUCUGUUGUCACAUAAGGCAGUGGUACAAAAAAUGAAGAUUUUCAUACUCACACUAAUCGAACAAAUAGAAAUGGUAACGACUUAACUGCAAAAAAAUUUCCUCAGUCUUACAGUAUAUCAUAUAAUAAUAUAGCGUUCUGGUGCAAUGCAUUCUCUUUUAAGUCAUGUCAUAAUGAGGUGGGGCCCGCGCCCUCCAUUCCAGACAGAAUAAUUGAUAGGCCCUUUGUGGGUGGAGAAGACCAAUGAAUUGUACUAGAGAACAAUUGGUUAUCAGGUACAAGAAUAAAUAAAUAAAAAUAGAUGAGCAAUAGACCCAUUUAACAGCCCUUGGGCUCUAGUGAUAUCUAUGCCCUUUGAUGAUACUGGAGAAAAAGUAAUAUUGCCCGUAACACAGCAAUUUAAAUUAGUGUGGCCUAAGGGUAGCAGUGUCAAUACUUUUAUAGGUGCAGUACUGACUGGAGUCAUGUUAAACAGCUUUAAAAUUAGCAGUGUUGGUACAUGGGGCUUAGUGUAAGGGGUAGGGAGCACAAGGUGACCUAAUACCUUUAUACAUUGUCAUGUGAAUGGGUGGCGAUACCAUAUGUUUCGCCAGUCUUCAGCAUGUUGGGUUAUUCUUAAGCACAGACGUUCAAAUUUUGAGGAAGUUCAAUAUUGAUUUAUGACAGCUUUAGCUAUAGGUUAGAUUAAAUUUUAGCGUCUGUGAUGAUCUCACAAUUCUACCAGUAAAUAUCAUAUGUUAUGACAUGGCAUUCAUCCACUCUAUUAUGUACUUACUGGUAUACACUGAUUGUUUACAUUCCCUAAUAUGUUCACGUCAUCCAUGGCUUAUCUAAACUAGGACAACAGUGUAAUGUAGAAGUUUACAAGAAAAUGUAAUUGAAGGUUUUUGUCGGGUCAGAUUCUUUUAUUUAUAUACCUGUAUUGGAAGGAAUUAAAAUUCCUUCACAGCUUCCUAAAGGAUAAUAUUAACUGCGAAGUUACUGUCUAUUUGCGGAGUUAUUUCAGCAGAGUUUAAUGGCGUAUCAUACCCAAGCAUAUUUAACUCUACAAGGGUUGUCAGGAUAAUGCUUAGAGAAAACUGGCCAAAGCCCUUUGUCAUCAACAUCGUGAGUCAUAAAAUGAGUCAAC